CAAGAAGCCGUAUUAAUUUCUUUCUUUUCGAAUUUACCCCUAAAUUCUCGAUCUGGGAAAUCAGAGUCUUCUUCACUUCUUCUUCCUGUCUCGGCGCAUCUUUAUUGCUUCGCAGAAGGUCGCAGUUACAGUUCUCUAUCUCUCUCUAUCGGCCUUUUUGUACGUAUAAUCUUCAUAGCGAUUUUGUGUUUUUCUCGUUGAUAUCGCUUUAACGGCGGCGGCGGCGAUAAUCGCCGGCGAGAUUGGCCUUUACAAUCGGGUUCCGAAAUUUCUGUUGAUUCUAGUUUGGCGGAGGGCUGCGUAGUCUAUGAGGCUUGGUGGAAGUAGGGUUUGGAUGUGAUCGAGACUGGAGGCGGAUUGUUGCUGUGUAAAUGCUCGUGGGAGGGGAUCUAGGUUUUCUCUCGCGCGCUUUUGUGGCGGCGUUCCUGGUGCUUGCCGGACCGUUGCUGGCCUUUGUGGUCAGAUGGAAAUGGCGGCGUGCGGUGGCUAGGAGGGAAGAGGUUGACCGGCUCUUGGUUUUUGCUUCCGAUGAGGCUGCUAGGGCUGAGUCCCAGGCGGCUGCGGAGUACGGCUUUGGCUAUGGGGGCUAUAGCUUCGCCUCUGUGCUGGAAGGUGAGGUGCCAGCUGCUGUUCCGACUCCUUCUCCUGCUCCUGUAUAUUCAACUUCGUCAUCUAUGCAAGCUACACGCCAACAGCCGUACCAAUGUGCCAAUUGCUUUUCUCCAGCUUCUACUCGGUGCUCACGCUGUAAAGCUGUUCGAUACUGUUCUGGAAAAUGUCAAAUAGUCCACUGGAGACUUGGUCACAAAGAUGAAUGUCAGCCACCUUCAAACAGUAAUCAUGGCAGUAAUGGUGAAGAAGCUAAUCAUUUCAAGGUAUUAAAGCAAGGGGAAAAUGAAGGUUAUGCUGGCGGAAUCCAGGCUGAAGAGGAUAACUCUCCUGUAUCAAUUGCUCCUUCAUCUCCAGAGAUUGCGCAUUCUAAAGCCAGAAUCUCCACAUCAUUAAACAUGGAUAAUGCCAGGAAAGGAAAGCAUUUCACAGAUGGAAGAUCUACAAACUCAGAUUCUGGCUUUUCAUCUUUUGCAUUUUCAACUCCCACUGCUUUUGAAUCCAGUUCGAGCACAUCCACAAGCGAUUCAAAUUGGUCUCAUGGUAUUGGCAAUUCUACUGUUGCCGGGUUUGAUUAUAUUGAGACGUCUCAAACCACCCCAGACCACCUUAGGCCACAUUUUCUGGAGCAACCUACUGUGGUCAGUUCUACAAAUUCUGUUUCUACUUCUAGUGCAUCAGGUCUUGUAAAUAUAAGCAACAAUGGAUGUACAAAAUCAAAUCCAUUAAGUUCAAUACCAUCAAGUUUUGAUGGUUCUGGCAAGUCUUCAUUAUUGGACCCCUCUCUACCAUCUUCUGACUUUUGGGAAGGAAUAGCUCGUUACAGCAGAUCUAAAGUCAACACAAUGGAAGAUGACGGUGCUCAUCCUGAUUCUGAAGAUGUUUUCACCUCCAACAAUUCAGACUCUCAGUUGUUCCCGAACUGUUCUUCUAAAAUGGCCCGAACUGCUCCUGUUUCCAGUGCGAGUGAGCAGAACUCAAAAGUAAAAUCAUCGAGUUUGGAUUGUCCAAGGACUGAAAUAUCUGUAGGAAGAAAGGAAAAUGAAGGAGCUCAGCUUUCACAGGUUAAAGAUGAUAUAGACAUGCAAAGUUCUUCAUCAUUGAGAGUAAAAUCGCGUAACACUAUGGAUCUCAGUCACUCCACAGAGAAAACAAUAUCAUGCCAUGAGGAUUCUAGACCUUUUCUAUUCACUGAUUCCCAUUCAUGUCCAGUGGAGAAUGAUACAUUGAAAAUCAAAAGCGCAGAAAAAAUGUCUCAUAAUACUCACACCAUUGAUUUGUUGAAGAAUGCUUCAUAUACAUCAAAAGCCAGACAAGUCGAACACCUUCCUGCAAAGCCUCCUCUUGUUUAUCCAUCUUCUAGUAUUAGAAGGCAUGAUUAUCAAGGUGUGAAGUCCAUAAAGACAGAUAGUGCACAAGUGACUGUUUGCUUAUCAGGCCCAGGAGGUGAUUCACAAAGUUCAAAGGUUGGCCAGAAAUCAAAUAUCUUGAAAGGUGUUGACCCAUUCAAAGUCUCAAAGUUGUCACAGCACAAUUCGUUAAGAGACUGUGGUGAAAAUGUUGGAAGAUACAAUAACAAGGGCCUAUUUCCAUAUGAGUUGUUUGUGAGGCUUUUCAAUUCCAACAAGGUUGAAUUACACCCAUUUGGCCUAAAAAAUUGUGGGAACAGCUGUUAUGCGAAUGCUGUCCUGCAAUGUCUGGCAUUCACUCCACCCUUUACGGCUUAUUUCCUUCAAGGAUUCCAUUCAAAAGGAUGUGCAAAGAAAGAGUGGUGCUUCACAUGUGAAUUUGAGACUUUAGUACUAAAAGCGAAGGAUGGGAACUCUCCACUCUCCCCCAUCUCGAUAAUAUCCCGUUUGGAGGAUAUUGGGAGUAGUCUGGGUAAUGGCAGAGAAGAAGAUGCUCACGAAUUUCUCAGGUAUGUCAUAGAGACGAUGCAAUCUAUUUGCUUAAAGGAAGCAGGUGUCCGUGCACCGAACACUUCAGAAGAGAAAACAUGUCUGGUUGACCUCACAUUUGGGGGCUUCCUCCGUUCGAAGAUUGAGUGCUUGCGAUGUGGAGGCAAAUCUGAGAAGCAUGAAAGGAUGAUGGACCUUACAAUUGAGAUUGAUGGAGAUAUUGGAACACUAGAAGGAGCUUUAAAACAAUUCACACACACUGAGGUUCUAGAUGGUGAAAACAAGUACCACUGCAGCAGAUGCAAAUCGUAUGAGAAGGCCCGGAAGAAGUUGAAAAUAUUAGAGGCCCCUAAUGUCCUUACUAUUGUGUUAAAGAGAUUUCAGACAGGUCAAUUUGGGAAGCUGAACAAGAUGAUCACAUUUCCCGAGAUUCUGAAUUUGGCAUCAUACAUGAGUGGUACGAGUGAUAAAUCACCGAUUUAUCGGCUUUAUGGAGUAAUCGUACACUUGGAUGUCAUGAAUGCUGCCUUUUCUGGUCACUAUGUAUGCUAUGUCAAGAAUUAUCAAAAUAAGUGGUUCGAAGUUGAUGACAGCACGGUAAAACCUGUGGAACUAGAGUGUGUCUUGUCAAAGGGAGCAUACAUGCUUCUCUACUCGAGGUGCUCCCCACGGGCCCCGAGGUUGAUAAGGAGUUCAGAUCCGCGUGCACCAAAACAUUUUAACUGUAAAUCGAGUUCUCAUAAAAACUCAUGGGAUUUCUCAUCAAGCAGCCAGGGAUGUGGAGAAUGCUUUAGUUCUUCUGCCCAAACAGGGCCUUGGACAUAUCACCAUCAUCAUCAUCAGAGAACCAUGCUCGAGGACUCAUCUUCCAGCGAUAACUCAUCAUCUCUCUUCUCUGAAGGUGGUUCUUUCAGCACAGACAGCAGCCACAGAGAUUCCAUUGACGAUUUUGCUGACCAAUUUUUCGGUGAUCAUCCGGAAGGAGUUUGGAGGAAUUCUCCGGAUUCUGACACAUCAUCAUCCUCAUCAUCAUCUCCUUUUUCAAGGCAUUCACCCCUCGCUGACAUGGACCGUUACACAACUUCCUCUUUUAACCAGCAGAAGAACACGGAGAUGGCCUCAAAAAGCAAAGGUAGUGUUCCGUAUCACUCUGUGUCAGAUCCAACAGCCAAACAUUGUAGAAGUUUAGGUGGGAGUAGAGGCAGUAAGUUAGGAUCUGACAAAGCCCAUGGGAACAUGAGAUGCAGAUGAGGUCAGACCCUACCCUAAUCCGGAGCUUUUCAUAUACAUAUAUAACUUAAAGCUUUUUGUAUUGUAGAUGGUAAAUAAACGAAUCACCCGUUAACUUAUGAGCUAGCUGUAGAGUUGGGGUUUAGAGUUUGGGCGUAUUCCGUAGCCCCCCCUCCCCCAUCCGUGUAACAUAUACCCACCCACCCAUAAUUUUUUUGCCUCUCUUCCCCGUUGUAAUUGUAGGGCGUAUGUGCCAUUAUAUAUAGAGACAAACGGACCUGCUCUAACAUGAAUAUGAUGAAAUGUGAAUCAUUCUUCUCUCAAGCUUGUCUUCUUUGUCUAGGCGUUAAGAUUUUCUUGAUCGUUUGUGUUUCAUUUUUUUGCAGUAUCCCCUGUCUGAGGGUAGGGGU